AUGCAGUUGCCGGGCACCAUGGCCUUGAUCCAGGCCAAAAAGAACCAGAAGGACAAAAAAAGGAACAGAGUGACACGCGGAGGCGGUUCGCGCGAUUCGAGCGAAGAACCCGCUCAGAGCCCGUCGAGCCACAGAAGGAAAGGAGGCAGCGGCGAGGAGAAACGAUCUGGAAAAAAGAGGUCGCGCGAGGGCGGACAGGACGCCACACACACUGUCGCGACGACCGAGGGAGAAGAGCCGAGCAACAACCCUGGAAAACAAAGCGAUCGCCCGAAAAAGGGUGGCAAUUCGAAAGACGCGGCCAGGAAGAAGCCCAAGCCGCCGCCAAAACUCUCGGCCGAAGCGGAGGGGGCCAUCGACAGAUUCCUCGGGCGAUACUUGAAAGUGAGCGUGGAAGCGCUGCACGAUGAAUGGGUCGGCCUCAAGCUCUACGCACCCCCAUCGACGAAAGCCGACGCCCAUGCCCGGAACCUGGGAAAGAAUAGAUACCAGGAUAUCAUCUGUUGGGAUGAGACGCGAGUGAUCCUGAAGACGGACUACGGCAAUUAUACGGCCGCCGAUGGCGAUUAUAUCCACGCGAAUUGGAUCACGAUGCCGGAUGUCGACCGGAAAUAUAUUGCCACCCAGGGCCCCAAACAGGACACCAUCGAGGACUUUUGGCGCAUGGUUUUCCAGGAAAACAGCUCGUGCGUUCUGUGCGUCACCGAUCUGCUAGAGGGCGGCGUCGAGAAGUGCUGCCAAUACUGGCCGGAGAAGCAGGGCAGCUACCAGAAUUACGGCAAAAUGUUUGUCAACAAUAAGAAGGUGGAGACUCAGGAGGGGGUGGCGACGGUCUAUACGCUGGAAAUUCUACCGGAUUCGUGCUCGAACUCGAUCAUCACCAAGCUUGUCCACUGCACCAAUUGGCCCGACAAGAGCGCAACGUCGGGUCGUCUCGUCAACAAGCUUCGCGUGCAAGUUAAGGAAACGGGCACCACCCCCUGCAUCGUGCACUGCUCGGCGGGCGUCGGCCGCACCGGCACGUUCAUCGCCAUCGAGCUGGUCAUCGCCAAGCUGCUGAAGGGCAGAGACGUGACGGUUCCGGAAGUGUUCACGCAGUUGCGCCAGUGCCGUGCCUCGUCUAUCCAGAGCGAGCAGCAGUACAUGUUCAUCUACACCACCGUUUUGGACUAUCUGGCGGCGAAGAAGCCGUCCGAGACCACGCGCGCUUCCCUCAACCUGCUCUACGACCAGAUCGCCAAAUACGUCGACCAACAGCCC